AUGGUUUCGGAAGCUGUUGAAGCAGAUAGAUUUCUUCAAAUCUAUGAAGCCAUCGAGGAUUCAUCACGCAAAAUUCAACUGCCAGUCUGUCAUCCGUGUGCCAUUCGAAAGGUGAUAUGGUCAUCAUUUGAUUAUAUGACCGGACCUGAAUUGGGUUUCACGUGGGAAACAGUUACUGCUACGAGCGAACCUACAUCGAGCGGCAAAACUUCACUGUCAGAUAGUUCACGUGAUGAUUCGAGUCUCGCUUCUUCCAUAACUAAAGGUUGUGGCAGUAGUGCUGAUUAUGAAGAAAUUGAUGAUGUCUAUAGGAGUAAGUUACUGUCAGAAACAAUAUCCGAUAUGCAGAUAUGUGCCAUGUGUUCUGACACCAGUGGAGAUUUUGUUUGUUAUCAUUGUGAUCAAAUUUCUGAACUGCAUCAAGAUGUUUUUAAAAUGAAUAUGCUUAUAUGCAGUGAUGAGCGGUUAUAUUUGGAUGAAUUCAUGACUGAAAGUCGUUCAACUAUUGAUGGGACCAUUACAAUAGCUGCUAGUGAUAACGAUUGUAUGAAACAUGCAAGUUUGACUUCUGCGUCAAGAAGUGGCGACCUUGACAGUUCAACAAAUAGUGAUAAGGACAGCAACAUUCAUAAGGAAGAAGUUGUCGAAGUGAGUCCAGUGAAUGCAGUUGGGGAUUUACUGGUGCUUGAUGAGACGUCUGCAAAAAAUAGUGAAGAUUUACAAGGAAUGGUUUCGUCUGGUGUCGAUUCGGGUAUAGUAGGCACUGUAUCGAUAUAUAGUGAACUGAGUGUGAUGGGCGGUUCACAUGCGAAAGAAAUAUUAAAUGUCAAGCUAAAUGAAGAAGUCACACAAAAAUCUUUUACUGCAACCGAAAACUGUACUGGAAAGGAGCGAAAUGUUCACUGCGUUGGACAAGCUGAUUAUGAGACUCUGUGUGGUUUGGUUGGAGAGAAUAGUACAGUUCAGCUUUCUGACGAGGAAUAUGUUGCUAAAUUCGUUCUUGCUGAACAGAUUUGCAGCACACCGAUGCCGUCAAAUCCGCUGAUACAUAAGUUGACUUUGCUGCCGAAGCGUCAUCUUUUUGUUGGUUCAUACUUAUUUCAAGUGAAUGGUGGUUCCCUUCACGAUCGUGCGAUGUGUGCAAUUUCACUUCUUGGGGAUUACUCAAAGUGGGAGUGGUAUGCUGAAAGACAGCGUACACUUGAGGAAACUUUCAUGGAUAUUAUACCGCGUUUGCGAAUCUCCCAUUUAAAAGAAAGUAAAGAAGAUUUUAUAUGCCACGCAACCAAAGAAAUAUCGAGUGUUUUGUCAGUUAUUGGUGUUUGUGAAACUUACCCGUUGUUAUCACAAAAUACUUAUAAUAUUCAGUUCCGGCAAACAUAUUUUGGCAGCGGAAAACUACAAAACAAUUCGUUUCUGGCGAAAGCAAUAACAGCAGUACUCUUAUCGCAGUCGCACUGUGUUAUUGUUGGUGACAGGAAGACUGAUGUUGUCAAAAUGUUAUUGACGUUGUACCUAUUUGUUGCACCGGAAUGGCAAUGGUUAUGUAUUAAGCCGUUCCAGUUUUCUUAUUCUCCAUAUCUUCGCCUCCAGGCUAUUCAAAGAAUUGAACUAAUCACAAUAAUGUAUGCUGGUACCGAAUCACAUUGGCCAUUAACAGUGAUUGAUCUGGAUCGUCAAAUUGUAUGUACUUCAUCUCCACAUCCAAAACAUCGUGCACUAAAGCUUCUCAAACAAAAGAACGAUAUCAUGCAGAUACUGAAAAGAACUGGUGUUGAUUUCAAAGACCCAAUAAUACCGAAAAUUGAAUUACGAAAUUGCCAUGCAGAUCCUCGCGUUACAAAUUUUCUCAUUAGAAUGGAUUUAUUGCCAUUUGAAAAAAGCGCUCGUUUGGGGUUUAUAAGACAGUUUAGAUUGAUGAUCGAAAAUUCAGCUAGAGCACUUAUUGCGUACAUACAGGAUAUAAGUGAACCCGAUUCUUCAUAUAAGCAACAUACAACAAGCUCGAGAUGGAGUCUUUGGCCUGCGCGCAAAUCACUUGAUUUAGUCAGCAAUGCAUCAUUUCUAGUAACUCUGGCUGAAGCCGAACGUAUUUUACCGGAGAUUGCUGAUUUUAUAUGCGAAUCAAACAAUCUGUGA